AAACGGUCAGCAAUGACAACUAACAUACCUUUGACAAGUAAAUGCUGCACGAAACAUUAGCUAAAACCAAAAUCAGCAGUUCUAAUCUUGGUUUUACUAUAAAAACAGGAUGAGCAAAGGCUAGAAAUACAACUACUCCUAUUUUCUUUCAACUGCUAAUACAUCAUUCUUUUUUACAUACUUAUCUUAGCAACUAUGGACAAAAGAGCUGAUCAACUUCAUGUAUACUUUUUGCCAAUAAUGGCUCCAGGCCACAUGAUACCAUGUGUAGACAUGGCCAGGCAAUUUGCUAAGCAUGGUGUGAAGGUAACAAUUAUCACGACUCCUCUCAACGCGUCUAAAUUCUCCAAAACAAUCCAAAAAGACAGAGAGCUAGGCAGUGAUAUUAGCAUCCGUACAAUUGAAUUCCCUUGUAAAGAAGUUGGAUUGCCAGAGGGCUGUGAAAAUUUAGCUUCUACUACUAGUGCAGAAGAGACUCUAAAAUUCAUCAAAGCCAUGUACUUGUUUCAACAGCCAGUUGAACAGUUCAUGGAGGAAGAUCAUCCAGAUUGUAUAAUAGCAGGAAUUUACUUCCCAUGGACUCUUGAUGUUGCAGCCAAGAUGGGAAUUCCAAGACUAGCUUUUAAUGGUUCUGGUUUACUUCCUGUUUGUGCUUAUCACUGUUUGAUGGAACACAAACCUCAUUUGAAGGUUGAAUCCGAGACGGAAGAGUUCAUCAUCCCUGGCCUUCCUGACACAAUAAAGAUGUCAAGACAACAACUUCCAGAAAACUUAAAGGAAGAAAAGGAAACCCCAAUGACUGCAAUAAUUAACGAUAUAUUGAGAGCAGAAGCGUCUAGUUAUGGAGCUAUUGUAAACAGCUUUUAUGAGCUGGAACCAAAUUAUGUAAAACACUUCAGGGAAGUAGAAGGGAGAAAAGUGUGGCACGUUGGUCCUGUUUCGCUCUGCAAUAAAGACAACGAAGAUAAAACCCAAAGAGGGCAAGACAGUUCCUUUUGUGAGAAACAUUGUUUGGAUUGGCUCAAUACUAAGGAACCAAAAUCAGUCAUUUAUAUUUGUUUUGGCAGCAUGUCAAUCUUUUCAUCGGCUCAGUUGCUUGAGAUAGCAAUCGCUCUUGAAGCAUCAGACCGGCAAUUUAUUUGGGUGGUGAAGCAAAAUACAACAAAUGAAGAGCAGGAAAAGAGGAUGCCAGAAGGAUUUGAGGAAAAGCUGAACGGACGAGGUUUAAUAAUAAAAGGAUGGGCACCCCAGGUGUUGAUCCUUGAUCAUGAAGCCAUUGGAGGUUUUGUGACUCACUGUGGAUGGAACUCAUUGCUCGAAGGAGUAACUGCUGGAUUGCCAAUGGUUACAUGGCCACUGUCAGCUGAGCAAUUUUUUAAUGAGAAGCUACUCGUAGAGAUAUUAAAGAUAGGAGUUCCAGUAGGUGCUCAGGCUUGGUCUGAAAGAACACAUAGCAGAGUCCCAAUAAACAGGGAAAAUAUACAGAGAGCAGUGACCAAACUGAUGGUUGGUCAGGAAGCUGACGAGAUGAGAAGCCGUGCAGCUGCCUUAGGAAAAUCGGCUAAAAUGGCUGUGGAGAAAGGCGGAUCCUCUGACAAUAGCUUGGUUUCCUUACUAGAAGAAUUGAGGAAGGGGAAGAACAGCUCCAACUGAAAGGAAUUUGUUUAAAUGUAAUAAUACUAAAGACACUCUCUAAACUACUAAACAAGAAGAAAAAAAAACAGAAAAAUAAAGUGAACAAGUAUGAGAUCACAGACUAGUUCUUAAUCAUUUACCUUUGCUCCCUGCAAUAUUAAUCUUCAGUUGAAUUGUA